AGCUAGGGCCUCCUAGAGUUGUCUUGGCACCUCACAAAAAUUUCAAAAAGUACAUGGGGUUCAGGGUUUAAAUGGUGUUAAUAACAGAGGAACAAGGUGAAGGUUCAAAGGUUCAAGAUAAUGGAAUUGCAGGACAUGUUGGACUGGGUGAGAUUAAGUUUAAGACCAAUAAAGCCGCUAUGGAUACACCUGUCAUGUCAGUUACAAAUGAAAAUGGGGAUGAGUGUGAGGUGUCAGCAGAGGGUGAUAACGAGGAGAUUGAAGUUGAUUACACGCGAAACUAUUGGGAGGAUGAGGACGAUAUCUACCAGGAGUUCGAGGAGUUGGACUUUGAGGCCCUGCCAGAUCGCUCGGACAUUCGGAGCAUUGCUUCUGACGAUUCUUUCUAUCCCCCAGACAAUUCUGAUGUGUCCGUGUACCGCUCGCCGAGCCCUGACAGCCCAGAGCCCAUUUCCUUCUUUAAGGCCUGCUGUAACAACAACGCCAUCAUUGUCAAGAUUAUGAUCAGACAAGGAGUCACCGAAGAGGAAGUGAAAGAGACAGACAGAAACAGAAGAACUGGCCUGAUUGUGGCCUGCUACCAUGGCUACGUGGACGUGGUCAUCGCCCUCUCUCAGUGCCCGUAUCUUGAUGUUAACUGGCAGGACAAUGAGGGCAACACUGCUCUUAUUACCGCAGCACAAGCAGGCCAUAUGAUCAUCUCUUACUUCCUUCUCAACUACUUCCCUGGGCUGGACAUCGAAAGGAGGAACUGUCACGGUUUCACGGCUUUGAUGAAGGCAGCCAUACAGGGUCGAGCUGAGUGUGUCAGAGCUCUCAUGCUGGCUGGUGGUGAUAUUCAAGCACGGGACAAUGGCCGCAGUAUGACACCCAGGGAGUGGGCUCUCUUCACAGGUCGAUAUGAGACGGCCAACCUGAUGCAUCGGCUAAUGUCAAAGCCCUGUGCUGAGCAGUUCUGUGACUCCUUCUCCAUGGAGUGGCCCAUGCUGGAGGAGCUGGUGGCCAAGGCCAAAGAGCCAAAGUCCUUCUGGAGGCGUUUGAUCAACCUCCUCUCCUGCUGCCCUUAUAGGUUUUACAUCAACAACAAGGUGAACCCUGUGGAUGAUGGCGUUCUGGAGCACAUGGUCCGGAUCACCACCAGUAUCUCAAGUCCAUUAAUUGCCACAGCUUGCCGUACGGUGUGUCCAGGCAGCCCACCGUGCAUUGGGAAGCGUCGUCCUGCCGUGCAGGAGAUCCUGAGGAGGCAACGGGUGGCUGAGCUCAAGUGUAUGGGCCCAGACAGACUGAACAACUACAAGAGAUUUUUCCAGAACUCUCGGAUCCAACUCAUUCCCAAGGCGAGGGAUCGGAGGGCCAGCCUGCAGCCUCAGCUGCUGAGUGACAUGGCUGCAGCGUCCACAGUGGCCAUGAGACGAGCAAGCCUCCUGCCUCUGAAUAUGCUGAGGAGAAGCAGCAUGCGGCCAGGCAUCGUGGUGCCCAAAGUUAGGCUCUGCAAAGCCCCAGCUCCAAGCUUUAUACCGGAAAAACAAAGGAAGAGCCGGAACCACAACCAGCUCCAGAUCCCCAAGUGGAACUACAAGAUGAAGAGAAUAGAAAGGAGGCAGGAAGAGGAGAGGAAAAGACUGCUACCUCUGACAAGGAGGAGAUGAGAGGAAAAGAGUUUACUACUAUAUGUGCAUGACCUUAGAAAGCAGGACAUGAGUUUCUCCAACUUCAUAGAGCUGGCUGUUACAGUGCACAGUGUUUCAGUCCAAGGAGAAUCAACUCGAUGAAUGUUACUGCUAAUCUUUACAUUGUUGGAUUUGUUGCCUUGUUUCUACUUGAAUUCCACAUGUGAGGCAUACAGUAUAGUGAGUAGGCGAUUGGAGGGGGGAAUGGGAGGGGCACCAUCCCCCUUUGUUAGCAAAAUGACCAAAAUGCAUCUACCUUAUUAACUUGCUAUCCAAUCAUAUCUGUGCAUUCCAUGACUUAAAAUGAAAAGAAAAUACCUGGUGAGUACAGUUUGUUAUUGCUUCAUGUUGGCAGUUUAUAUUCAUGGUAAAUUCAUUGUCAUGUGGCAAAAGAACUAAAUAAGAUAAAGUGUAAGGGUUUCAGUAUGCUUCAAAAUAAAAGCUUGUCACAUGAACAGAGGUUACCACAUUGGUGGCUUUGCUACCAGCCUGCAAAGAAGGAAGAUGAAAGAUCCAUAAGGAGAAAUGUGGGUAAAACAGCAACAGAGGAGAGAGAAGGAUUACUAAACAUUUGUCAGAGAGGAAUGUCAAGAGAACAGAAAUGGGCCUUGAAAAGGCAGGGAAGUAGCAGCCAGUCGGAGGGAUUUCAUAGGAUGGAGAUAUGAGCUCCAACAGGGCCAAAUGAAGAUCGGUGGCUGGCUACAGCACAUCGCCACAGGAAAGGAUCACUGAGCAUGCUGCAAGAAGCCAAGAGGCCAUUUUACAUUGAUACAUAGUAGAGCAGGUAUUUACAAGGUAGGGAUGAGCUUAUGAGCAGUGUUUGACAGCUGAGCUGAGGAACCAGCUCACACAGGCUUUGUAGAGGCUUUGUGGAGAACUGGAAAGGCAGAGCCAAAAAUAAACAGCUUAGUACUAGAGUGUGACUUAUUGACUUCCAAAAUAAUCACUUGAGGUAGUCCACUACUGUCUGCUUCUGUAUGUAUCUCACGCUCUGUGAGUGAUGGAGGGGGACGCACCAGUUGCUCUUGUGCGAGUGCAGGUGUAUUUGAAUUUUGCAUUGGAGUGGCAGUAAUUUAAAGAAAAACAUUUAGAUGAGCUUUUACAAAAUGCAGAUUCUUUAAAUAUUUUCCUACAUAAAGGCAUUUAUAUUGUGUAAAUCUCUAUAACAAACAAAUGAGACGGGCUUAAAUGCACGUUACACCUUUAUUCCCCUCUAGUGGCAACCACUGAGAGUGGCAACAAAAUUGGCAAUUAGG